AUGAUUUGGCCUGAAGAGAAUUACCCAGAGAGAGAGUCCAAUCGAGCUAGAAAGAGAAGACUCUUCCCAAAGAUUAUCCCCAAGACUGAUAACUCAGGAAAGUUUGUUGUGCCUUGUAUCAUCAAAGGUAACAUUCUUGAGCAAUCUUUGUGUGACACAGGAGCCAAUGUGAACAUCAUGUCUAAGAGGAUAGCUGACAAGAUAGGCCUCACCAAGAUACAGCCAUCAUCCAUCUCCAUCAACUAUGCUGAUUCAUUCUCACAAACCCCCUAUGGCUUUGUGCCUAAUGUGAUGGUGCAGAUUGGAAAUUGCUCUAUCCCACUGAUUUCAGAUUGUGGAAAUGAGAGAGAGUAG